AUGCUUGAGAAAAUAGUGGACCAAAGAAGAGGAAAUCAACGAAAGAGGCGAUCAAAGAAGAUUUUGAAAAAUGAUGACAAAAAUCAUAAAAUCACUGAAUACUUCGAAGUUCGACGAAGUUCAAGAAAGCCAUCGGGCGUGAUUCAGAAAGAAGAGUAUGAUGCAUUGCGCGAAGCAGUACAGUCGCUUAGUAACGAAAAAUUCCUGGAAAUUUAUGAAGAUGAAAAAAAAGGCCGUGGCAUUCGUUCGCUGAAAAAAUUUAGGAAAAAUGAAUUUGUUGUCGAGUAUAAAGGCGAGAUUAUUAGUUUAAGUGUCGCAAAAAUACGAGAGAAAGAAUAUGAGCUAGAUGAAAAUAUUGGCUCGUUUAUGUAUUUUUUCGCUCAUAAAAAUAAACAGUAUUGUGUUGAUGCGACAGAUGAAACUCCAUUUAAAGGUCGUCUUAUAAAUCAUUCAAUUUUAAGACCAAAUUUGAAGACGAAGGUAAUUGAAAUAAGUGGUUCAAUACAUUUGGUAUUAAUAGCAAAACGCGAUAUCGAAGAAGGCGAAGAACUUCUAUAUGAUUACGGUGAUCGAACUUCAUGUAAUGUAGCAAAUAAUCCUUGGCUUUUAACUUCUUAA